AUGCCUCGUGUGAUAUGUGUUGCCGAAAAAAACUCAAUUGCUAAGGCUGUGGCUGGGAUUUUAAGCGGUGGGAGAUCAUCGAGACGUGACAGUCCCAGUAAAUACAUCAAAAACUAUGAUUUCACAUUUGAUUUCCCGUUUUCAGGGCCCAGCAACGUGACAAUGACAUCUGUGGCUGGCCAUCUUACCGGGCUGGACCUGGAUCAGGCACAUGGGUGGGGAAAAUGUCCAAUCCCGCAGGUUUUCGACGCCCCAAUCGUCGACAUACGGACCAAGGACCAGGAAAAAAUGGCCAGCAACAUUAAAAGGGAGUGUCGCAAUGCAGAUUUUCUCAUGAUAUGGACCGAUUGCGAUCGUGAGGGCGAGUAUAUCGGGUGGGAAAUCGUGCAGACGGCGGUGCAAGCAAACCGCGCGCUUCGCGAAAACGUGUUCCGCGCCAGUUUCUCGCAUCUGGAGAGUCGCCAUAUAGCACAGGCGGCGCGAAAUCCAAACCGGCUCGACCAGCGUGCUGUGGACGCUGUGCGAACACGUAUGGAGGUCGAUCUGCGGUCCGGUGUGGCAUUUACGCGGUUUUUGACAGAACUUCUAGGGUCCAAAAUAGAGCGCGAUUCGGGCUCCAAACCCAACCAGCGGCCCAUAAUAUCUUACGGAACCUGUCAGUUCCCCACACUGGGGUUUGUUGUGGACCGUUUCGAAAGAAUUCGCAAGUUUGUGCCGGAGAAGUUCUGGUAUCUUGUCCUUUCAAUUUCCAUUGGGUCCGAUAAAACAACGUUCCAAUGGGAAAGAGGCCAUCUCUUUGACCGUCUUGCUGUGGCCGUGAUAUAUGAGACGUGCAUCGAAAGCUCUCGUAACAUGGCAAAAGUGGCCUACGUGAAAUCCAAACCAACCUCGAAAUAUCGGCCAUAUCCACUCACAACAGUUGAGCUGCAGAAAAACUGCUCGCGAUACUUCAAAAUGAGUGCCAAAGUCUCGCUAGAAGCCGCCGAAAAGCUGUAUCAAAAGGGUUACAUAUCGUAUCCCAGAACGGAGACCGACAGUUAUCCCCAAGCUAUGGAUCUUCGAGCUUUGGUUCAGCAGCAAACUUCUGAAAGUAGGUGGGGUACUUAUGCCCAAAAUCAACUUAGCGGGAUGGGUCCAAACCAGUUCCAAUGGCCCCGAGCUGGGAAAAAUGACGACAAAGCACAUCCUCCGAUACACCCGAUCAUAAGUGCAGGUGCUGGUCUAGAUAAUGAGAAUGAAAAAAAGGUUUAUGAGUACGUUACUCGCCAUUUUCUAGCAUGUUGUUCGGAAGAUGCCAAGGGCCACUCUACCACGAUGACUCUACAGUGGGGGCCUGAAUUUUUCAGCGCAAAUGGAAUCGUGGUGCUCGAAAAGAACUUCCUUGAGGUUUACCCAUAUAUGAAAUGGGACUCGACGAAGCAGCUUCCAAACCUCAACGUUGGUCAAGACGUCGAGCUGUCGUCUUAUCUCAUGAAGGACGGACAGACUUCCCCGCCUAAUCAGAUGACAGAAAGCGAAUUGAUCCUGCUUAUGGAUGCAAAUGGCAUAGGUACAGAUGCCACAAUUGCCGAACAUAUCGAGAAGAUACAACAAAGAGAUUACAUCAAGAAAAAGAAAAUGAACAAACAGACGUACCUGAUACCGACGACGCUGGGAGUUUCUUUGGUUCACGGGUUUGAAGCGAUUGGUCUAGAAGACUCAUUUGCCAAACCUUUUCUUCGACGUCAGAUGGAAGUCGACUUAAAAAUGAUAUGUGAUGGGAAUAAAAAUAGAGCCGAAGUGGUUAAUGACUUGAUAUCGAAGUAUCAAGACUAUUACGGCUUAACUAGUUCGAGAAAGAACAAACUUAUUGAAACAUAUACCGAUAUCAAAUCAGUUAUGUGA